CACCAGAUUAUUUGCUUUUUGCAGAAAAACCCACAUUGAGUAAAAGCCUUAAGGAUAUUUAACAUUGUUAUGGACUCAAUAACAAAUUGAUCCUCUGAGACAGUAAAGAGAGAACCACCAAUCCUUAUUGCAGUCAUAAUGAAUGCAGGCGGUUUGUUCAGCUGUUUGGCUCUCCCCUGGAUCUCACACCUGGACAUGGCAAACCUGACCCUGGGGCUGGGGCUCCCGGAGCAGUCCGUCCUCCAGCCAGCGUGGGACUACCUCCUGCAGUACUACCAGGCAGAGCUGCGGAGCCCUCUGUUUCCGGUGGUCAUCUCCGUCUCCACCUACUUCCUCAUGGUGACCCUCUACACCGCGCUGGACCUCCUGGCCCCCAGCUGGCCCACCCUCAACCGCUACAAGCUCCACCCGGACAGACCCGUCACCUGGGAGAACAUCUGGACCACGCUGGGCCUCACCGCCUACAACCACCUGGUCUACAUCUUCCCCGCCGCCGUGGGCCAGUGGCUAUGGAGGCCCCCCAUCCCUCUUCCCCCCGACGCCCCCAGUCUAAUGGGCUUCCUCCUCGGAAUCCUGGGCUGCACAGUGAUGUUUGACUUCCAGUACUACCUCUGGCACCUCCUCCACCACCGCGUCGCCUGGCUGUACCGCACCUUCCACGUCGUGCACCACCAGUACCUGCAGCCCUUCAGCCUGGUCACCCAGUACCUUUCAGCCUGGGAGCUGAUCAGCGUGGGCUUCUGGACCACCGUGGACCCCUUGCUGCUGCAGUGCCACUGCUUGACCGCCUGGGGCUUCAUGGUGUUCACCAUCUGUGUCGCCACUGAGGACCACUGCGGCUACGACUUCCCCUGGUCUUUGCACCGCCUGGUGCCCUUUGGCCUCUGGGGCGGACCGCCCAAACAUGACGCCCACCACCGGAUGCCCGGGACAAACUUUGCGCCGUUCUUUUCCCACUGGGACUGGCUGGGGGGGACUAACUUAGUGCCCACCACCCCCACCGAGGACACGUUGGUUACAGAAGGUCUGAAAGGGAGCAGAGAUAAAUAAACUGUUUGAGUUCUUUUUACGCUUUGUGUAUUUCCUCCAAUCUCUCUCCUCUCCGUACUCUCUUCUCUCAUUCUCCCUUGGUCUCUGUGUCUACCUCUUUUUCUAUCCCUCUCUCGCUCUCUCUCUUCCAUCUUCUAUGUGUUUGUGUUUGAGAAAUGGGUUGAAUUCAUACCAGCUAUCUAUCUGCUGCUGUCUGCCAGAUCUCUGGUUUGGCAUAAAGUGAUAUUGAUUUGUUUUGCUCUUUAUUCAGUGGUUUUGGAUGGAUUUACGUGUCAUUCUCAGAUGCUGUCAAUGCUCUAAUUGGCAGAGACCUCAACACUGCCCCUGCCCCUUUGUGUUUCAUGAUCUUCAGCUGUGAUCCAAACAAACACCAAACGCA